AUUAAAGUUUAAAUAAACGUCAAAUCUAUUGUGCUCUUUAAUUAAAACUCAUUUUUCUCGAUCGUGAAAAAUAGUCCAAGUUCAGUGAAUUGAUGGAUUUGUCGAUUUUUACGUUGAUAGUGAUGCCAAUUUUUGUACUCGAGUACUAAACCCGGAAAAAGUUUUUUUUAUAACUAAACUAAAAAGAGGAAGGUUCGAAUUUCGGCUGAGCGACUUUAGUUCCUAGAUCUCCAUUACGAGCCGCCACUGUUUUCAAUGAGAAUUCGAGCACGUAGUAUGACUCAACGACUGGUCAGCCGUCUUUUAAAAUUACACGAUUAAAUGGCAAAUAAAAUGCGCUUUAACACUAUGCUUAUUAAAUUAAAAAAUUUUUAUUUGUAAUUACAUUAAAUUAAUAAAGUAAAGGGUCUCGAUAAGUCAGAAAUUUUCUUAUUUUCAAGUAGUAUGACUCAACGAUUAGUCGAGUGAUCAAAACCGCCGGAAAGUUUGUUUACGUCGACGUUCCACACGGUGAUUAACUGUCACAGUGAUUAACUUGUGCACCUUGUAUUAUCGUUAACAACAAUACGAGAAUUGUCAUUAUAAAAGAGUUACAAUGUCGCAGGGAAAAGGAGGAAGGAAGAAUCGUGGACAGCAUCACAAUAAAGACAGGAUCAAUGUCGGCGACAACGGUAGAGAGGUAUUGGAGAACAUAGAUGAGAACAAUCCAGUGAUUCGGCAGUUCCGUGUUUACGCGGCUGAGCUGGACGCAAAGCACGACCGUUACGAGAGGAUCUUCAAGAUCAAUCGGGAUAUAACCAUUGAAAGCAAGAGGAUCAUCUUCUUGCUGCACACCAUCGACAAGGAGAGCAAACGGGACAGCGUAUUGGCAACAGCCAAGUUGAGACUCGAUACUGUAGCAAAGAAGCUGUUCAGAGACAUCGCGAACGAGUUGGAUGGUCAGGACAUGUAUCAGUUUCACAGGGCCUACCGUGCCGGCCUGGAGGAGUAUGUGGAGGCGCUCACAUUUUACGAGUACCUGGAGAACGGUGGUUGCACGCGUGACUGGAUAACGCUGGAGGAGAUGUUGACAUACCAUGUAACCUUGAAACCAUCUGAGCCACUAGAGUCAUCCGAUCCAGAAGGAGAGCAAAAUCUGUCACACGCCACAAAAAUAACACGAGUGCUGGUCCCACCGACCGAUUACAUAAUGGGUAUGGCUGAUCUAACUGGAGAGCUGAUGCGGAGAUGCAUCAACAAUUUGGCAAUAGGUGAUGUAACCAGUUGCUACCACACGUGCAAUUUCGUCAGAAACAUGUACGUCGCCUUCCUGGGCUACACAAAUGCGUGUAGUAACGAGAUGCACAAGAAAGUCUUCACUCUCAAGCAGAGCUUGGCCAAAAUGGAGAAAACGUGCUACACCAUUAAAGUACGGGGUUCCGAGAUCCCGAAACAUAUGCUGGCCGACGUGGCUAUUCGCGGGACAGCCGAAGAUUAUACCACGGAAGAUGACGAGGGGUACCAGGCAUUCUAAUUCUUAGUCGGAGUGAACUUGACCGAUGCGGGUUUUUGUUUUUUAAAUUAUUUCGAUCUGUCAGUGCAAUCAGAUAAAAACGAACAUCGGAUUUAAUAUAUUUGUGGGAAAUUCUGUUAGAAAUAGAGAAGAGAGAGAAACCUUAAAAAAGACAACACACUGGUUGUGAUAUAUACAUAUAUAUAUAUGUAAUAUAUAACUAAUACCUUUUA